CCCGAGGUGCCGAGUUCGUCCUCGACAACCAUGUCUGUCCGCCUAGCCGCUACAAGCAGGCUACUUCGAGUCGCGGCGCCCCGUCGGGCUGCGGUAGCUGGGACACGACAGCUUCGUGCUGUGCACACGUCAAGGCCUGUGAGAGCCUCCGAAUCUCCCUUCCAAGAACAAACGUCGCCCAACCCUGCAAUAACCAAGUAUGCCGAGGCCACGGAAAAGCUUCACACCUAUGGGUCAUAUCUCAUUCAAUGCCUGCCCAAAUUCAUCCAACAGUUCUCUGUCUUCAAGGACGAGUUGACUUUAUACAUCCCUCCCGCUGGCGUCAUCCCUGUCCUCACUUUCCUCCGCGAUCAUUCACAAUGCCAGUUCAAAGGAUGUAUGGACAUCAGCGGCGUCGAUUAUCCUGAGAGGGACCAGCGGUUUGAAGUCGUCUACCAUCUGUUGAGCAUCAAGUACGGCGGCCGGAUCAGAGUCAAGACCUACGCUGGCGAGACAGACCCUGUUCCGAGUGCGGUGCCAGUCUUUAGUGGUGCGGAUUGGUACGAGCGAGAGGUCUGGGACUUGUUCGGUCUGGUCGUACGCGUAUUGAAGCGCGCAAUAGGGUUUGAGGGACAUCCCCUUCGGAAGGACUUCCCGCUCACGGGCUACACUGAGGUUCGCUAUGACGAGGAGAAGAAACGCGUGUUUAUGAGCCCCUGCAACUCACGCAGGCCUUCCGGUUCGUCAUCUUCCUUUGACGUGUCUUCGCCACUAAUGCAGAUGCGCAGAAACUUCGAUGCUCUGUCGCCGUGGGAGCAGGUCGGUGAUGGUACUGUUCCGAAACGGCCGGACGAGUUGAAGCCCGUCCCACCGCCUCCUGCUGAGGAGCCUCAGAAGAAAUAGUAGAUUGGACCGGUAUAAUGUCAUUCUCUCCGUGAGCACGAUGUUGAGAAUGUUUACUGUGACGAGCCAUUUCCGCUUUGGACGACAGCGCAGCUUUGCAUGACUUGCAUCUGCGCAAAAGUGGUCGUUGACGCAACGGAGGUGCAGGUGUUCACGUGAUCUCGUUGGUGGUUGAGGUUCAUGGUCGCGCGUUCACUUAUGUAGAACAGUUCUCCUGCAGCUGCAGGCUACAGCCCCUUGUAUUUGAUCCCCUGUGCCAGGUCUCCGCUCUCUACCCCGCACGGUCUAUCAGGCUCUUUGUGGAA